GGAAACAACACGCCUCCGCCGAUGCGCAGUAGAUCUCCUCCAGCAUCCAGAUUUGUCAUUUCCUGUUGUCCUUGAUAAUACAUCUGGUCGUCGGUCACUCAAUCCAUACUUCAGAAUGGCUUCCAUGAACUCCUUAUGGUGGAUGACUCCGCUUCAAGCUGUAGCAGCUCUGAGCGCAGCCUGGAACAGUGGUGCCAGUGGUCAACCAUCAUUGCUCACAUGGCCGAUAAUUGAGCUGAACACCGUUCCCGCCAUCCACUCCGGCCGACAAGCUCGUCUCCUACUGGAGAAAAGCGAAUUCAUCUAUCCUCGCGUCAAUGCCGCCGGAACGAUCACUAAUCUGACCCUGACCAUCAUGGCGUAUCUCCACCGCGACACCCACAUGAAUGCAUCGGCAAAAUGGCCUGUUCUAUUGAUGGCUUUGGCAUGCAAUGUCGCCACCACGGCAUGGGCGCUCACGGUCAUGGUGCCCAUCAACGACAACAUCAGGAAAUCCUCAAACAAGCUUGAGCACAUCAAGGAUGAUUCUGUGGCGGAGCGACACUUUCGCCAGGCCGUCGUCACUUGGAAGAAAUACGCCAUCGGUGAGUUUUUCCACCCUGUCAACGCGUGAGUCAAGAUUGAAAGUUUGCUGAUCAAAUCACGUAGUUCGCGAAGUUUUGAUGAUGGCUGCGGCGGCGCUCGGGGUCUAUGCGACGUUCCUUGACGGAGUGUACGCUUUGCCGAUGCGGGAAAUUUAAUCAUUGCAUGUUUCGGACAUACUGCAUAAGGCAGUGAUGUAGAGUGUCGUAAAGCAUAUUGACAAAUAUCAAGUCUCCCUCGGCAUGACGAGUCACUACUUUGAUUCCAAGGCGAUGGGGUCCAGACCUUACGUGUCAUGUUCCUCGUGGUUCCAGUGAAUGACUCGAGGAGAAUUGUCCAAAUCUUGCUGUGGAGGUGCAGACGCCUAAAACGUGAACUACACUAGGCUCGGUGCAAGUAU